AUGUCUGACGGUUGGCAAGAUAUUAGACAUAGGAGUCUAAUUAAUUUCCUUGUCAUUAAUCCUAGUGGUACAGUUUUUUGGAAAUGUGUUGAUGCAUCCGAGCAUGUGAAAGAUGCUAAAUUGUUGUUUCGGUUGCUUGAUGAAGUUGUUGAGGAAGUUGGAGAAGAGCUUGUGGUUCAAGUGAUAACGGAUAAUGCAAGCAACUACCGGGCAACGGGACAAAUGCUUAUGGAGAAAAGGAAGCAUUUGUAUUGGACUCCAUGUGCUGCACAUUGCCUUGAUUUAAUGCGAGAAAAAAUUGGAGAGCUACCACAACACAAAAAUGCUUUGAUCAAGGCAAAGAAAGUGAGCAACUACAUUUACAAUCAUUCUUUGGUUUUGAGCUUGAUGAGGCAAUUCACUAACCGAGAGCUUAUAAGGCCAGCAACUACUAGAUUUGCCAUCGCAUACUUGACAUUACAAAGUAUUUAUCAAGUGAGGCAACCAUUAGAGGGUAUGUUCACUUCUGAAAAGUGGACAAAUAGUAAUUACGCAAACAAAGCUGAUGGGAAGGAAAUUAGAAGAAUAAUUUUGAGGGAUAACAACUUUUGGCCAAGUUUAAUCUAUGCUAUCAAGACUACAAAGCCUUUGGUUGAAGUAUUGAGGCUAGUAGAUGGAGAAAAAGAGCCUGCAAUGGGUUUUCUUUACAAUGUUAUGGAUGAAGCAAAGGAAAAGAUAGCCAAGAACUUGGGUGGAGAAGAAAAGGAUUAUAAGGAGAUAUGGGAUCUCAUUGAUAAAAAAUGGGAGAUUCAGAUGCACCGAGAUUUGCAUGCAGCUGCUUACUUUUUAAAUCCCCGUUGCCAUUAUGCUCCUGGUUUUUCUACACAUGUUGAGAUCAAGCGUGGCUUAUUAGAUUGUUUAGCGAAGCUCAUACCCAACAUAGAUGAAAUGGAGAAAGCUGACGUACAAUGUAGUGCUUUCCACGCUCAACAAGGAUUCUUUGGGUUGACUCAAGCUAAAAACACACUCUACAAGCGAAGUCCCGUUGAAUGGUGGACUCAAUAUGGAGAUGGCACUCCCGAGCUUCAAAAGUUUGCCAUUAAAGUGUUAGGUCUCACUUGUUCUUCUUCUGGAUGUGAGCGCAAUUGGAGUGCAUUUAAUCAAGUGCAAACCAAAAGAAGAAACCGUUUGACCACGGCAAGGAUGAAUGCUUUGGUUUACAUCUUGUACAACAAAAAAUUGAAGGAUAGGCAUUUGAAGUUGAAGUCAUUGGGAAAUGAUGAGGAUAAUUUGUUGAUUGAUGAGUUGCCAUCGGAUGAUGAAUGGCUUGUGGGUGAAGAUGAAUAUGGUCCCAACAUAAGUUUAGAUGACAUUAAUGUUGAUGUUUUUGAGGGGGAGGGGCCAUCACAAGCAACUCAAGCUCAACCAAUUGAAUCCUCAAGCAAGAACUCCAAGAAAGCUAGUGCACAAGGAUCAAAUAAGGGAAAAGGAAAAAUGAGACUAAUCAAUGAAGAUGAAGAAGAUUGGGAGGAUUUUGAUGAAGAUAGUGACAAUGGGAAUGAUGAGGAUAUAGACAAUGAUUCUCUAGAUGAAUUUAUAUUGUGA